UGCUAUCUGAACUAUCUCUUUUGGUUUAUCAAAAUUGUCCAGCAACUCUGUAUGAACACUAUUUCUGAGUUUCUAUACUCCUUCACUUUCAGCAGUCGUCCAACAUAUGCCUUUGGCUUGUCACCAAGUCUUGAACUUGCACUUAAGGCUAAAGGAUCAAAUGGUCAAGGUGGAGGUGAUUGUGAUCUCCACUCUUUUCGACAUUUCUAUGAAAUUACAAUUUCAACUGUUGACAAGCCAAAGCUCCUCAGUAAGUUAACUUCCUUACUUUCUGAGAUUGGGCUGAAUAUCCAAGAAGCACAUGCUUUUUCAACUGUUGAUGGUUACUCCUUGGAUACAUUUGUUGUUGAUGGCUGGUCAUCCGAGGAAAAAAUGGAGCAGCUUAGAGAUGUAUUGGAGGGGGAAAUUCCUAAGAUUACGAAUCUAUCUCGGUCCAAAAAUCAAUUCAAAUCGCCUUCGUUGCUCUCUCGGAUCAAGGAUGGCGAUACUGAGAACGAAAGGAUCGCGUCACGCUUGAAGAUCGAACAGACUGCGAAGGCUCUUCAGGAAGCGCAGGUCCUUGUGCAACUAUUGGAAAAGGAGCACGCCUUGGCUGUUCAGGAAGACCUCGCAAUAGCUAGUGAAGCCACUUCUUCUCUGCAGUAGGACCCAUAUGAUGAUUUGGUUUUCAUUGUAAUAUGUUGUUUGCUUUAACUUUCACAGCAUGGAAAUGGAUUAUGUACUCUAUGUAUUAUAGCAAUCCCCCUUCAUACCUUAUCCACCCAAAACAUUAUCCGCCCGACAAACAGGCCGUUAUGAGAUUGUCAACGGCUAUUAUACGCCAGCAAGAGUGGGAUGGUUUCUUAAUCGGCCCAAUCAGUGUUAACUUCAUUAAGAUGUACUAUCCAUGAUGUAAUGAAGUUUUGACGUUGUAUUCAAAUAAGUUGCAAGUUGUAUAACGAUGUGAUUCAAAGUGUAACAGAUGAGUUACGAAAGUUGUCCCAAAAAUUUCA